UUGAAGAUGCAGUUCAGAGCUGGUGCCUAACCAUUUUAUUAACAGACUUUAAACCAAUGUGGUGUGGCGUUCGUUCCAGGCGCGCUGAAUGGACACCCACAUAACUCAUUCACUUUGAUCUGUUGAAGGAUGUCUGGAAUCUCAGCGAAUUUUGAUUGUGGAGAAUGCUCUCCGCAGGAUCCAGCCACCUCAGAAUUACACCCGUACUCCAGCAUCGAUGAGGAUGAUGAACUUCUGAAGUACAUCUGGAGGGAAUAUUUGCACCCUAAAAAAUAUGAAUGGGUUCUUAUUGCAGGAUACAUACUUGUUUUUUGUGUUUCUCUCAUUGGAAACACACUAGUUUGUUUUGCAGUGUGGAAAAACCACCAUAUGCGCACGGUGACCAAUUACUUCAUUGUGAAUCUCUCCUUUGCUGAUGUCCUGGUCACUGUAACCUGCCUCCCAGCAAGUCUUGUAGUAGACAUUACAGAGACAUGGUUCUUUGGAGACACUCUUUGUAAAAUACUUCCUUACUUACAGACAAUCUCCGUAUCUGUGUCGGUCCUGACUCUGAGCUGCAUCGCGCUAGACCGCUGGUAUGCAAUCUGCCACCCACUGAUGUUCAAAAGCACAGACAGGCGCGCUCGUAACAGUGUCAUCGUCGUCUGGGUGGUGUCCUGUGUCAUCAUGAUCCCUCAGGCUGUUGUGAUGGAGUGCAGCAGCCUACUCCCAGAGCUCGCCAACAAAACCAGCCUGUUCACCGUGUGCGACGAGCACUGGGGAGCGGACGUCUAUCCCAAGGUGUAUCACAUCUGUUUCUUCUUUGCCACGUACUUUGCUCCACUCUUUCUAAUGGUUCUGGCAUACACCCAAAUAUGUCAUAAGCUGUGGUGUCAACAGAUUCCUGGGACGUCAACUGCGCUUCAGAGGAAGCAGUGUGCCGUUUACCAUCCCGGGCCCAGGGAUGCGGUCAUGGUCGGGAGGAACGUAGUGUCCGCUGAGAUCAAACAGAUCCGAGCCCGUCGGAAGACGGCUCGUAUGCUGAUAGUGGUGCUCUUUGUCUUUGCUCUCUGCUACCUGCCCAUCAGUGUCCUCAACAUCAUGAAAAGAGUGUUUGGGACAUUUAAGAACACGUACAGCAGAGAAACUGUGUACGCCUGGUUCACAUUCUCUCAUUGGUUGGUAUAUGCAAACAGUGCUGCAAAUCCAAUCAUCUAUAACUUCUUAAGUGGAAAGUUUCGAGCAGAAUUCAAAGCAGCCUUUGCAAGCUGCUGUUUUGGCCGGAGUCAUAAGCAAACAGAGGGAAAACAGACAAGAAAAAACACUGAGAGCCGUAAAUCUUUGUCCACUCAAGUCAACGUCAUGGACAAUAUCUCCCGGAUAUCUGAACAUGCGGUUUAUUAACCCUAUCCUGGAGCUUCAUGAUCUCACCAUGCCAUCCAGUUCACAUUGCCAAUCACUGUCACCAUGAUGCAGCAUGUACAAAAAUCACUAUUUUAAAACAUAAUCAUGUCGUAACCUCAAGACAUUUUGAAUGAGACCACAUAUUCUGAAAUGAAAAUGGAAUGCAAGCCCUAAAUAUUUACCUCUACGUGUGAAAAAAAAAAACUCUCACCUGCUGCUCUCGGACAAAAAAGCCAACAGUCAUGUCUGUUACAAAUGGACAACCCUCAUAAUAGAUCCUCUUUGAUUCUCUUCCAAGCGGAGGUGCGAAGAAACAUCCAAGUUGUUGUACUCCUCAACAUAACAAACAGAAUAUUUAAAAAGCACAAAGAUAAACUAUGAAUGUUUACUAUCAAAGUUACCUAAAUCAAAAGACUAUAUAAAAAACUGUCUAAUACAUGUCUAUUUGUGGUGAUGUUUACUUAUGCAUUAUGAAAAUCUCGCUUGCAUAAAUAUAUAAUUCAUUUUCUAUGAUUAAUACCUAUGCCAUUAAAUGUAUGUAAUCUAUAAUUAUGUAUCUCCAUAAAUAAAUAUUGUUAUG